AUGGGACCUUAUCCCCGAACUGAAGAAGGUAACACGCCAAUGAGAGCUGCAGCAGCGAUGAAUGUAACAAAAUACCUUGAAAGAGACAUUUUCCAAAUGUUUGGGGUACCAGAACAUAUACACUCUGAUAAUGGUAAACAAUUUAUAUCCGAAAUUUUUAAAAAUCUUCUAACCAAAUAUGGAGUGAAUCAUGUCAGAACAGCUUUUUACUCACCUGAAGCAAAUGCUGCGGAACGAGUAAACCGCUCAGUGCUGCAGAUGAUAAGAGCAUAUAUUGGGGAAAAUCACAAAAACUGGGAUCAACAUUUUCAACAACAAAGUACGCGUUAUGAGCACCAUGACGCUGAAACGAUACAUAACGAUCAACUUAACAAUAUUCGUCUUGCAUCGCAAUCGUCUCCCUCGCAAACAAUCUAUAAUACCCACAAUGAUUCAGAUUCGUCUGACUCAAACGAUAACGACGAUGAAGACGAUGAUGAGUCGAAUUAUGAAGAUGAUGACCAUUAA